AUGGCACGAUCUUUUAUAAUUGCCGCAGCGCUUGCAUUCGUUGCCGUUGCCCAGGCUCAGUGCGGCUCUGGUACUCCAGAUGCUACCGUGACCGGUUCUGGCAGCUCUUUCAAAGCCACGAAAGGCUCAAACACGGUAUACUCUGGCUCUGACUACCGUGCGGCGAUCCAGGCCGCUGUAAACUCAAUAAGCAGCGGCCAACGCGUCUCUGUUAUGGCCUCGGGUUCGAUUGGCGCGAAUACUAUCACCAUAAGCAGUGGCAAGAUAUUUGAGGGCUGCGGUACUAUCGACGUUGGAAACCGGGCAGGGCAUGGCGCAAUUGAGUCUUUAGACACUACUGGUGUUCAAAUCCCGUACCUUACCAUGACCGGUAACCCGUACUUUGGCUUGCGAUUCUACGGCACGAAGGAUCUAGUUCUCGGAAAGAUCACGAUGAAUCUAAGCGGUGGGUUGGGCAUCCGUUUCGACCGAGACGCAGCCGCAAACUCGAAUGUGAAGAUGGACGUCAUCAAAGUUACGGGGGCUGGUAGCCACGCCGUAGAGACAUGGAACAUAGAUGGUCUUGAAAUCAACCAGGUUAUCGCAAAAGAUGUCGGCGAAUGUGGCUUGCUACUCCAGAAGACGACUAACGCCAAGGUUAAACUGGUCGAUGGCGACAACGUCGCAAAGGGCACGGGGUAUGCGACAUUUCGGAUGGCGAAUAAUAACGGACAGAAUCCCAACGGAAAUUACAACACCAACGUUUACGUCGACAAAGUCAAGUCUCGUGGCGGAGGCCGUGGCAUCUUCUGCGUCUCGCAAUCAGGAGCGGCCGUAAUCGAGAGCGUUGACCUCUCUGGUAACGGCAACAAUGCCAUCCUCAUCGAGAACUGCUACAACGUUUCAAUCCGCGGGGGAACGGUAAACGGUGGUGGAGAGGUACGUCUCGCGGCUCGCGACGAAUUUCCCAAUAACCGGGACAUUUGGAUCAACCUCACCGUGAACAACAACUCCGUUCGUGAGUCUCCGUGCGGUGAUAAUACCAACUGGACGAUUGGAGGAAAUGCUAGCAAGAACCUCUGCUGA